UUUUUGAAACUAAAUAUUUCUUAAGAUUUCGGACGGGCUGAUCGUUUGCAGAAAAUCGUAUCGUUUUCUUUUUUAUUUCGAAUUAGUCGUUUGGAAUUACACGUAAAAGAGUAUUUUGCGCGUACAGCGUCUUGUUGGUGAGAUGGAUGCUGAUAAUUCAGGCAAUCUGGACGCCUCUGAUCAUCAGAAUUCUUCGCGUGGAGAAAGCAAUAGUUCCAGCUCCGCCAUGGAAACACGACUCUGUGUGGUGGGAAAGGAAAAUGGAGAUAAUCAAGAGCUAAUGCAAGCAAUCGAGGCUCUUAAAAUUCCAGUAACAAUAUCAGAUGAUGUGAAAGAAGUGAUGCAAACAGCUAGUGAUAACAUUGAAAUAGUCUAUGUUUGCGAGCCUUUUGAGGGAGAACACUUUGAACUUUUACGCAAAGAAGAACAGCGGAUCAUUGGACCACCCAUAAUUCAUUCUUGUGCUAAACAGGAACAGCCUUUGCCGUACAAUUCAAGACCCCUUUAUUGUACAGUCAUGAGUAAUCUGAUCAUCUGCUUUACUGGAUUUAGAAAAAAGGAAGAACUUGGAAGAUUAUGUAACCUUGUACAUCAUAUGGGCGGCAGUAUACGGAGAGAGUUUAGUGGGAGAGUUACCCAUCUUGUUGCAAACUCAAUACAUGGACAGAAAUACAGGGCUGCCGUGAGUCUUGGUACUACUAUAAUGACUGUAGAGUGGGUAAACACAUGCUGGGAGAGAAGGCAUGAGCUGGGUGCAAGUGCAGUGGAUCCUUUAAUGGAAAAAUACAAGAUGAUGCCUUUUCAUGGAUGCUAUCUCAGUUUUCAUGGAUUUUCUGAUGAUGAGAAGAAACACAUGGAAGAAUCAACUGAGCAGCAAGGUGGGGUGCCUGUGGAGGCAAGUGAUAGUCGCUGCACUCAUCUUGUCAUUGAAGACAGUGUCACAGAGUUACCAGGGGGUUUGGUUGAGCAAUCGCGAUGCCAAGUUGUCAGACAAGAGUGGUUCUGGGCUAGUAUUCACAUGGAUGCCUGUGCCGAUGAGUCUUUGUAUCACUUCACAGCAACACAGGAUCCUUCUGUGCCUUGUCCACAGCAGCAGAAUACACCUGUUGGUAAUCGAAAGAGGAAACGUCGCAAGCUUAAGGAUUCAGAUCUCAGUGAUUUGCUGUCACCAGAUUCUCCCCUUUUCCGUGCAAAGCGCAAGAGUGGUGACUUAUUAUCUGUCUCUGGGUCUCUUCUGGAGAACUCUCUAGUAUCACCAGCCACACCAAAAGACACACCUAGUGGAACCAUCUCACCUCUGAGUACACCCAUUCCUGGUCCCCCCAAACCUCUGACAUCACGGCAGCAAGUGGCCAUGGAGCUGUUGCAGACAGAAAAGAACUAUGUUGAGAUACUCACCAAUAUCUUCAAGGUUUUUAAGGAACCACUUGAGAAAGACCCACGUGGUGGAUCGAUUAUCUCCGCUGAGGACAUCAAAACAAUAUUUGGUCGUUUACCUGGAAUCCUAGAGGUUCAUAAUAAGAUCAUGAAUGAACUGGAAGUGUUGGUGAAUGAUUGGAGAGAAGACAAAUGUAUUGGGAACAUCAUUAUCAACCAUGCUGAAGAAAUGGUCAAAGUCUAUCCACCUUUUGUGAACUACUUUGAGAUGACCAAAGAGACUGUAGUGAGAUGUGAUCGAGAUAUACCAAGAUUUCACGCCUUUUUAAAGGCGUGUCUCAGCAGACCGGAAUGCGGAAGACAAACGUUGGCUGAACUUCUGAUUAGACCGGUGCAAAGACUUCCGAGCAUGAAUUUGCUUCUGUCAGAUCUGCUGAAACAUACAGACAAGAAAAAUCCCGAUCAUGCAGCUCUGGGCAAGGCAGUGGACUCGCUAAAGAACGUUAUGACCCACAUCAACGAGGAUAAGAGGAAAACAGAAGGCCAGGUGCAGAUGUUUGAGAUUCUUAGAGACGUUGAUGGAUGUCCAGCUUACGUACUUUCUUCACACCGUGUCUACGUGUCUAAAGUGGACACCUUCGAGCUGAGUGACACCCUUUGCGGCAAAGGAGAAGCAGUGACUAUUUUCCUUUUCAAUGAUAGCCUGGAGGUAACGAAACGACGAGGUUUAAAAAUGAUGAACAACGUUCCUUUACCAAUGAAAAGCCCGGCGGGACGCACGCCACAGAAGGCUUACAAACACGUGAAAUUUAUGCCCCUGGCACAUGUCAGGCGCGUGGUGGACAUCCGUGAUAACGAAGAUUGUCAGAAUUUGUUUGGUGUUAUUUAUCGCUGCCCUAAGGAGAUGAAAGAGACAUUGUUGAUGUUCAGACUUGUAGGAGAUGACAUAAACAAGCCGGAAUGGCUCCAGAAGCUCACCACGGCACUGGCCAAUACAGCGUGCAUGGCAGAUUCGGAAAACUUUUUGACCACAGUUGACCCGCAGGAACUGAUGUUGUCAAAAAGCGACAUGUCGAACGGAACGCUAAGUCGAGCGGUCAGGGUUGCUAAACGGACGACAAGAAAGGUCAGCAGAGCAUUUUCGAUGAACAAGACGCCAAAACGAGUUGGAACUCUGAGACGAUCGGCUUCCAAUGUUUCGCCAGUGCGGCGAUUUUCUAGCAGCAGUCCUCUGUCACUGUCCACUCGAGAAAACCAAGCUUCCUUCCAAGGAAAAAGGGUGAGAGCAACCAGCGUGGGAGUUGAGCCCAUGAGCCCAUAGUAAACAAAUCAGCGUACCCCAUGUCGGAUUAUUUCCGGAGACAAUGAGCCUUUUUGGCAGCAGGCUGUAAAACUUUAGAAAGAGUUUUUGCCUUUCUAAAGGUUUUCCUAUAGCGUCAGAUGUUACCAUAAAAAAAAUAUGAUGAAAUUCAUUCUACCGCUAAGACUUACUUAGUAUUGUUUUUUGAGUAUUAAGAAUGAAAACUUAGCUGAGGAUGAGCCGAUGAAAAACGUUCAUACCGAUGAUUUCACUCCAGAUAACUUGUUCCCUUUUCGAAAAAUGAGUUUAGAUAACCUCUGCUUCUAUUUUGCGUGCUAAAGGAGACCAAUGAUACUUGUAAAACAGAGAAAUUAAGUAGUAUGAAAUGCCGUUGUGGUCCAUCAUAUCAACCUGUUUUUAACAGCAAAGUAUGGGUUUUGAAGCUAUAUUGCCCAUUUUUGGAGGGAUUCUCAUCUAAGCAGCCAGCUUACAGUCCCUCUACUGAAACUGAGGCCACCCAGGAAAUGAUAAUCAAUCAAAGGAAAGAACUGAAACAAUAGACUCCAUUAUGUUCAAAUCCAGCCCUGGCAAUCAUCUGAAAAUCUGUGCGUGUCGCUCUCAGUUUAUUUUAGCAAGGUUACGAAGGGUUUGAAUUGUGGCUUACUCAAGACCAGCUCCUCAUUUGCUGUUUUGUGUGGGUGGAUUCAGUCUUAGCAGACGCACAGUAACAAAAGCAGUUGGAAACACGGAGGAUGAUUUUCCGUUGUUACCGCGAGACUCAAAAAGCUGUGAACACGUUGAUUUGAUUCUGACAGGUCGAUUGUGUACAUUCUCAAGUUUGGGAAACGCAAGCAAACCUCAAACCCAGAAAACUAAUUACCAUUACUAUUUGCGGUUUAGUUUUUUUACGCCUCGUUCGCUAUCUCCUUGGAACACAACAACCUUUCAUUAAAAUUUCUUGUGUUCACGGUUUUCUGAGUUCCACUGUGCGCGAGGUUGUUAUAAUAGUUAGAGAUUACCGAAAGGGGUAGGUUUACUUUUUAAUACGACUUGUGAACGAUAAUUAAGAUUUUUAUGGAGGCAAAAUGAAUCAUCCUAGAUGUGAAAGUAAACUGAAAGAUAUAUUCAUUUCCCGACCUCUUAUUCUCUUCACUGGACAGUGUAUAAGUAAAUUAUAUACCGCUUUUUGUGAAAAUUUGUUCCCUCGUCAAACAGUAUGCUACGAUCAAUGCGAUUCCUCUGUGUCUGGUUGACAAUGUAUUUUUUGCUAUGGAUAAAAUGAAAGGACUCUGUUUUGCGCAUGGACGCCAGGGGUAAAAUACUUGAUAUUUUGUCAGUGUAAAGCUCAAAGUGCUUUAUGGCAAACGCUUAAAGAUACCAUCCGGUUUGUUACUGAAAAGGUUUGAUGGCUUUGAUUUUCUAAGGACCUCUGGUGAGCUUUAUUAUCUUUUGUUUCGUGCUCGUUGGAAUUCAGUGAUACGAUAAGGCAGAAUCGCCAUACUUGACCGGUCUAGUGACAAAAUUUUCGUAGUUCUAUAGACAACGAAAGUUCCAUCUUGUGUCAACAGUGUACGAUUUACCUCUGAAGGACUUUGAGGCUUGUGGAACAAGUUUGCAAUUUUUCUGAAGAUUUGUCAUUAAUUGAAGUAUUUACUUGAUUAUAGAGACUAUCCAUGCAUUCAAGUGCAUAUAGUUUAAGCAUAGAAUUUGCUUGUAAAUAUGUUAUUAAAU